AUGGAGAACGACGACAACGUUCAAGUCGCCAAGGAACAGCCAUCUGUGUCCUCGGACAAGGCCUCGAUAAGACUGGCCAAGGUCGUAUCCGAAAGAGGCACGGAUGAGACUUUGCAACUGCUCGAGGAGCAUGGCUCCAAUGUAGGCGAGUUGACGGCCGAGGCCGAAGGGAGGCUGAAGGCGAAGAUUCGCAAUCAUAUUCUGGUCCUCGUCAUCAUCAUUGAUCUCAUGCUCUAUAUCGACAAGUCGACUCUGUCCUAUGCAGCCCUCCUAGGUAUAUACGAGGAGACUGGAAUCGAUGACACCCAAUACAACAAUCUCAACACGCUUUUCUACGCUGGUUAUAUGGUCGCCCAGAUCCCAGGCCAUUACCUGAUGCAGAAACUCCCGCUGGGCCGGUUCGUCACCAUUUCCGUAUUCCUCUGGUCGGUAGUGGUCUUCCUCCACUGCACGGCCAAGAGUUAUGGCGGCCUCAUCCCCCUGCGAUUCUUCCUCGGGUUCUUCGAGUCUUGCCUGGUUCCAGCGAUGGAGGUCACUAUGGGCAUGUUCUUCACCCCAGUCGAAGCCGUGCGCUACCAACCACUGUUCUGGACCUCGUGCCUGGCAUCCCCCAUCCCAGCCGGGUUCAUCGCGUACGGUCUCCUGCAUAUCCAGUCAAAGGACGUCCUGCCGUGGAAAUUUUUCAUGGUCAUCACCGGGGGCAUCACCCUCCUCAUCGCGGUAUACACCUUCUUCUUCUACCCGGACAACCCCGCCAAGGCCGGCUUCCUCACCCUCGACGAGCGCGUCCACACGAUCCGCCGCAUCCACGCGGCGACCAAGUCGUCCAUCGAGCAGAAGAUGGUGAAGCGGUCCCAGAUCAGCGAGACCCUCCGCGACCCCGUCUCCUGGCUCUUCUUCCUGACCGCCCUGGCCAACCAGCUCGCCAACAACCUCGCGUACCAGCAGAAUCUGCUCUUCCUGGCCAUUGGCGUGGACACACUCGGGUCGACGCUCGUCUCCGCCGCGGGCGGCGCCUUCGCCGUCGUGUGCUCUGUCUGCGCCUUCCUCUUCCUGCGGUUCUUCCCCGGCCACACCGCCUUCUGGGGCGCCUUCUGGUCCAUGUUCGCCGUCGCGGGCGGCAUCGGCAUGGUUGCGAUCCGAUGGACCGAGAGGCUGCCGCUCCUCGCCUGCAUGCUCCUUGCCGGGUCGACCUUUGGCAUCACGUACAUUGUCGCGCUCGGGUGGAACACGGCGACGGCGGGCGGGUACACCAAGAAGCUCAUGCGGAACAUGAUGUGGAUGGUCGGGUACAGCGUGGCGAACCUAGUAAGCCCCCAAAUCUGGGCCGUGAAGGACGGGCCGCGCUACUAUGGGGCGUGGAUUGCGCAGAUUGUGGUCAGCUGGAUCGGAGCUCCGCUGUGCAUGGGUGCGAUUCACUUCAUCCUGUCGCGGAGGAACAAGGAGCGAAGGAAGUGGAUUGCGGAACAGGAGGCGUUAGGAUACCGGCCCGUCGGCAUGGUCCAAGUCGAAAGGGAUGGGGCCACAGUACAGGUUGAGGCAGACGUUUCUCUGCUGGACCUGACGGACUUGGAGAACAAGUACUUCCUGUACCAGCUGUGA